GAAAUAGAGAAAAAAAGGAAAGAGAAAAGGAAAAAAACAGAAGUGUUAACGAAGCAGGUCUGUCAAAACAUAAACACGGCGAGCACGGCCACAAGCGUGACCAUUAAACUGCGGGAGGUUUCGGGUCGCCAGUGAGUUGAGGGCACUUUUCACUGAUGUGGUGUGCGUGUGUUUGUGCUUGACUCGCAGGUGAAGGAAGGGGAAAUCUGCGCAGAAGAUUAACAAGUGCGGACACUUUAGGCCUACAGUAGAGGGUCUCUUCUGCUAGAAGAGACAGUCUGACAGAAUGAGCAAUACAGAUGUUAAUGCCAGUGUCCCAAAUGGUGGUUCUGAUGAUCCAGAACCUGGAAAAGGAAGAGGGGACGUGGAUGCAUCUGCAGCACCAGAGGCCCAUUCCAGCACAGAGUCAGCAAAUCUGAGUUCAGCGCCAGAGGGAGGUGAGGGUGGUCAGGACAGGCCGAUGGCAGACUCUGAACAGAAGCAGGGGCCUGGAGAAGAGGAGGACACAGACAGCAUGGAUGGCAGUGGAUUGUACUCCCUAACGGAAGAAGGAGAGAGUGAAGAAGGGGGGCAGAGAGAGAGGGGAAAAGAUGCAGGAAGGCGAUCCGCUAGGAAGAGAAACCGACCCAGCGGGGGAGCCACGCGUCACUCUUCUAGUUCGGAAGAUGACGACGAAGAAGAGGAGGAGGAAGAGGACGUAGAGGAAGAAGAUGAGCAAGCCAUGGAGGCAUGGCUGGGAGCAGACCUGCGUGACCUGAGUAGCCCUUCAUGGCGUGCGGUACCCUCACUGCGUGCCCGAGAGAUUGGCCGUGACUCGCAACAGUUUGUGAAGAGUGUGUGUGGGGCGCGAGGUCUCGUCCAGAGGCUGGAACUGCAGGGCCGCCUGGAGAGACACACGGGCUGCGUGAACACCCUCCACUUUAACCCCUCCGGCACCCGCCUGGCUUCGGGCAGUGACGACCUCCGUGUGGUGAUCUGGGACUGGGCUCGCAGAAGAGCAGAGCUAGAGUUUGACAGUGGCCAUAAGAGCAAUGUCUUUCAGGCAAAGUUCCUCCCACACAGUGGUGACUCCACAUUGGCCAUGUGUGCCCGAGAUGGACAGAUCAGAGUGGCUGAGCUUUCUGCUACACAACGUUGCAAAAACACCAAAAAAGUGGCCCAGCACAAAGGUGCCGCACAUAAGCUUGCGCUGGAGCCAGACUCUCCCUGCUCUUUCCUUUCUGCCGGUGAAGACGCAGUGGUGUUCGGCAUUGACCUGCGUUUAGACAGACCUGCUGACAAACUGGUGGUGGUGAAAGAAGGUGAAAAGAAGGUGGGGCUGUACACCAUCUUUGUGAACCCAGACAAAACACAUCACUUUGCUGUGGGUGGGAGAGACCAGUAUGUCAGGAUCUAUGACCAGAGAAAGAUAAAUGAAAACGUUAAUAAUGGCGUGCUGAAGAAGUUUUGUCCAUCUCACUUGUUGACCAGCGAGUCCAAAACAAAUAUCACCUGUUUAGUGUACAGCCAUGAUGGCUCAGAGCUGCUGGUAAGUUACAACGAUGAGGACAUUUACCUUUUUGACUCCAGCCACAGUGAUGGGGCGGAUUACUGCAGGAGAUACAAGGGUCACCGCAACAAUGCCACAGUGAAGGGAGUUAACUUCUAUGGUCCUAGCAGUGAGUUUGUUGUAAGUGGCAGUGACUGUGGACACAUCUACCUGUGGGACAAGAACUCUGCCCGUGUGGUACAAUUUAUGGAGGGAGACAGGGGAGGAGUGGUGAACUGCCUAGAACCUCAUCCUCAUCUCCCAGGUUUAGCAACCAGUGGUCUGGACCAUGAUGUGAAACUGUGGGCCCCGACUGCUGAGAAUCCCACAACACUGAAGGGACUUAAAGAGGUAAUGAAGAAGAACAAGCGAGAGCGUGAUGAAGACUGUGUUCGCCAUGGUGACCAGUAUGACACACAGCUCCUCUGGUUCCUGAUGAGACACAUGAGAAACCGAAGGCCUCAGAGAGCCCGCCGGGGGGAAGGUGGAGAGGGCGACGCAGAUGAGUCCUGGAGCUCGCCAGAUACCUCUGACGAAGAAGAUGGAGGGCCAGACCAUGUCCAGUGCAUGUCCUCCUGAGCCACACACACACACACACACACACUCUUUUUGCCAUAUAUUUAAGCACAUACAUGCUAGUAAGACACUGGUACACAGUAGACACUGAAGGGCCAGCAACAAACACACACAUACGCGGCUUUAUAUACACAUACACACAGUGUGAAGGAUUUGGCUUUGUGCUUCACACACAAAUAACAUCACUGGGGGAAGAAAUUAUAAUGAGAUUCAUAUUUUUGAUAUGCGAUAAUAUAUUGGCAACCACACACACACAAAUAACCACUGAUUUAUGUGAACACAGACACAAACAUGAUUCAUUUCCACUUUUACAACUUGUCACAGCAGAUGUUCCAGAAAUAUCGCCCUCUACUGGUUGCUGCCUUAGAUUAUCUACAAAACAAAACCUUGAAUCUUAGAAGCAGAUGUGAUGCACAGAUGUGGAACAGUAUUUUACAUCAUUAGUCUUCUCUGUGCUCUUAUAGACGUUCCCACUCGAGGUUCGUCUUUCAGAGCGACUUGUGGUUGGAGCAUGACAGGACAUUAUGGAAACUCAAAGCGAGUCAGAUUACUGAGCUGACAAUGAGUGUUACUUAUUCUAAAAACCAGCACCAUUCUUUACUCGGCUCAUCAGAUUUCUCCAUUCAUCUGAACUGCAUUUGUCUCCACCAAGUAGGAGAGAGCUGCAGCAUAGAUUUAUUUUUGCGCUGCAAUCUUAUGUCUUUUCAUUACAUUGAUAAACUCUCAUAGGCCAUCUGGCCGUUCGCUCUGAUCCUGUCUUCGUUCACUUCUCCUGUGCGUGUGUUUGCUGAAGUUGGGCACAGCAAAUCUUCUAGAGGUCAGUCAUGCUCUCUCAGCUCUGACUGAAGACACAAGAUGAACCAGAUUGAUUUUUCUGGUUCUGGAUCUCCCAGAUGGCUGUUUUGCUCUGUUCCUCUCUCUCAUGCUAUUGAGUGCACUUCAAUCAGGGAUCUGCUUUGAGUUUUGAAUCUCUAAGACUUGUGUGCGCUUAGGGGGGGCAUGCAAUACUUAAUGGAUUAAACGUCUUUAUUUUUUUGUCCUGCAGUUCCCCAAAUUUAUAAUGGACAUACAGUUGAUUACAAAGAUUUGACACCAGCUCUUUUGGUUUUGGAUUUGCUCUUGGGUGGAGAUACGUGAUGGAGUUCCUGAAGAAAUUCUUCAGGAACUUCUUCUGUCUAAAAAUGUCACUCUCCAUGGACUGCCAUCAUCUUCUCAGCCCUGUUCUUAAUAAAUUAAGAGCAAAGAUAUUGAUAAGCUCAGAGCCAGUGAUUUGUUGAAUCCAUGUUUCUUCCUCUGUCACUUGUUUGAACACACAUCCUGAAGAUCUUUGCCUAACUGUCUGGUAAGGGUCCAAUGUUUGUUUGAGGAAGGUUAAGCCCCUGAAACCCAUUUUUUAUAAAAAUGGUGGCUGUUGUCAGUAUUUAGAUUCGCAGUUAGUUAAGAGCAAACAAGGAUGGACUGAGACUCAUUGUGACUUGCAUUUAAGAAAGAAUCAUUUAUUUCAAAGCAUGGGUCAAUGGCAGGGGAGGGAUAGCACUAAUGGUAUACAGGGAGGGGUAAGAAGCUUGAAUUACAUUGCCCCUUUUUCCUUCUUUUGUGAGGGGAAUAAAUUCUUAGCUUUUCUCUUUUUGUAUGAGAAGAUUAACUUAAAUGACUAUAUGUAUAUAUAAAUAUAAAUAGAUAUUAUAUAUAUAAAUAUUAUAAAACCUGUAAAAAAAAAAUGUAUCUUCAACCAUUACUAUUUGAAAAAGGUGUCUAAAUUUAAUUGGUAUUGAUGCAGAGAUUUAUAUUGUAUAAGACAGAAAUACUUUUAAAAUGAAUGGAAAACAUUGGAUAUGUAUUUUUCCUUUUUUGUCCUGAAUUUCAGCCCUAAUUGCCACUGAAGUUACAAGAAUUCCUUUUCAUUUUGUUCAUUUUCCCAUUCUCACUUGUCUGCUCCAAAUGUCUAUCCUAUCACUGGCAUAUCUUUUUCUUUUUUUAGGGAUUUGAUAAUUGAGUUGUCUCAUCGCUGCCUAACAUUGUGUUCUUUCAGUUCACUUGAAACCAUGUACAAUUUGUGCAGUAAAAAAAGAGAGAAAAAACUGUUCUGUUUUUAUAACCAAGGUGCCUUAUUUAUUCAUUCAUUUGAAUACAGAAGAAAGUUAUAUACACCGUGUGACUGAUUACACACCAUCAUAAAAUAUCUACUCAGUGUUUAUAUAUAAUUAUAUCUAUUAAAGUAGUUGAAUGGGUGGUAACAAAGAUAUUUGUUUUCCACCAAUUGUGCAUCCUAUGUCAUAUACAUUGGUGCUGUUUAUUAGUAAGCAAGUUUGUCAUAUAGUAACUUUUUGAAAUGUUUACAUGCUGUUGACAUGUACAGUGGUGUUAUGUGUAUUAAUUAGCAUACAGCAUUUGUAUAAAAUAGCUGUCUGAAACAUCUACAGGCUAAAGACUUGUCUACACUGGGCUGUUUGCUUUGGUAAUGGGGUUGGUAGGCUAAUUGUAGUCAUAAUUAGGUCCUGAUUUGUGUG